CCAAUAUUAUACAUUCAAUAUUAUACAUCUAUCAUCGGGCCAGGUCAGCUUUUAUCGGCACAUCACAUAAGGUAGGUACCUAACCUAGACCUACCAAACCUAACCUACCCUAUCAAAUAGGUAAAAUAUGCCCUUCGAAUUCGUCGACAAUGCCAUUCUUGAUCGCCGCACGAGAAAGUUGAUCCGUAGCCAGGCGGCGAAGGGUCGGAAUGUCGGCAAAAAACACCCAUCGCGGGGGAGAAGAGCCGCGAUCAAGGCCAACAUUGCUGAAUCCCAUUAUAAUAAGCCCAACGACUUCUUGGCCUUGCAGCCCCGUCAUGCGGUGCUUCCUACUAUAGAACGGCAGGUGGGCGACAGCUUGUCUGUCUUCUCAUUACCGGUCGAGUCAACUCCCGGAUCUAGAAUUAUUAUUCAAAAAGCCCUCGCAUUCCUUAUGAGUAUCCCUACUAUGCCCAAGCUCGGGAGGGUCGUCGACUUCACAACAGCCGGGUCGAUCUGGAUCCAGUUCUGGUUUGUAGAUGAAGCCUAUUUCCACUGCGCUAUGGCGGCGUCCAUCGCGGCUAAGAAUAUGUUAACUUCAAGUAGCGAGAAUUACUCGGAAGGGCUGCGUCACCUAUCACACAGCCUCCAGAUAGUUAAUCAGAGACUGUCUGGUGGAAAGGCAUUAUUAGACACGACUUUAGCGUCGGUAGUGGCCAUGCUCCAGUACGAACGUAUGUGUGGGCAGUAUCAACAGAGCCUUAUUCAUUUCAGGGGGCUUCAGCGGAUGGUCGAGCUUCGCGGUGGGAUCUCGCAGCUUCGGAGGGAUAAGCCGGAACUUGCUCAAAAGAUAUUCAGAGCCGACCUCGAAUUUGCUAUUUAUUUAGGAUCGCCUACGCUGUUUGGCGUCGACGAAUUACCCGAUACUGCUACUAUAGACUGGCUUCGCGAAAGGUUUGGGGCGUCUCGAGUAUCGGCGUUACUCGCGUCGCCCCUAUUUAUGCAGCUAAGUCCUGAUAUGCAGGAGAUUUGGAUAGAUGUUAUGAGCCACGCGUCGUUUCUUAAUGAGAAUGAGAAUAAUGGCAUCAAGAUGGAUGGGUACAAGUACCAUGACACCCUUAUCCUCAUUGGGUAUCGACUUGUUCACAUUAGACCCCUCGACAAAGGCCCAGGCAUUAGUUUGGAGAAUGACAUACAUACGGGACUGUUGAUGCUUAUGACUAAUUUCUUCCUCUCUAUUCUGCAUCGAGUCCCUGAUCUGCCUCUUCUUCGUCAGCGAAUAGAAGCGCUUGUUCUAGAGAAACUUAUAGGGGGCAAGGAAGAGGAGGAGGUUCUUCUCUGGAUAUUAUUCAUGGCGGGAAUAACUAUACCUGGCCUACCCGAGGACGAGCAUUUUAUGCGGAGGAUAAGCGAAGUUACUAUAUCGUUAGAUCUUCAGAGUUGGGACGACGUACGUCAAAUACUCUCCAAGUUUCCAUGGAUCAAAGCCAUUCAUGAAAGGCCAGGAAACACGUUAUGGAACCAUCGAACUUUUAAUUAAAUAUAUUAAUCAACCUUAGGUGGGCGUACGACUUUCCCACUACCCCUGCUAAACUCUGAAACGUCAAAUCAAUAUGUACCUAUG